AUGGCGACGAAGACGGGUUCGAGUAUGACUGUUAUAAAGGUUAAUGAUUUAAAAAAUUAUGAGAUUAAAUAUUUGAACAGAGUGGAACAAUCUAAUGUGCGGUUGAAAACUUAUAACAAUUCUGUCAUUGUGCCAUUAGGUGUAUUAAAAGUUAGAGUUCAAUAUAAAGAUGUUUGUAGAGAAUUGGAAAUGGUUGUUGUUAAAGAGGGUGGUCCUCCAAUUCUUGGUCGGGAAUGGUUGACUAAGUUAAGUAUUCCAAUGUUUUCUGGUACUUAUUCAUUAUGUAAAUUAACAUCAUACCAGAAUGUGGUACAAACUUUUCCGUCUGUGUUUAAUGAUAUUUUGGGUUGUUAUAAGCACAAAAUGUUUGAUUUAAUUCUUAAAAAAGAUUUUAAGCCUGUUUUUCUUAAACCCAGAGUAUUACCAUUUGCCUUAAAAGGUAAAUUUAGCGAUGAGAUUGAUAGACUAGUGAAUACAAAUUUGCUAGUGCCUGUAGAAACUUCAGAUUGGGGUACGCCUAUAGUUCCUGUUAAAAAAAGUGAUGGGACUAUAAGACUAUGUGGGGAUUAUAAAGUUACACUUAAUAAGUAUUUAGAAAUAUAUAGAUAUCCUAUUCCUAGAGUAGCUGAUCUAAUGAUUGUGUUUCAGGGGGCUGCAAAGUUUUGUUCGUUAGAUUUGUGCCAAGCGUAUCAGCAGUUGGUACUUAGUGAAGAGAGUAAAAAACUAACAACUAUAUCUACUUUUAAAGGAUUUUUUAUGUUUAAUCGAUUACCAUAUGGUAUAGCCUCAGCUCCAGGGUUAUUACAAAGAGAAAUGGAAAAAUUAUUAAGUGCUAUACCAGGCACUGUAUGUUUUUACGAUGAUAUUGUAAUAGCUGGGAAAGAUGACAAAGAAUUAAGUGAAAGACUGUAUAGUGUUUUAGAUAAACUUUCUUUGGCAGGUUUAACGGUAAAGAAAGAAAAAUGUAAUUUUUUUACCGACCAUGUUACAUUUUUAGGUUACAAGGUAGAUAAAAAUGUUCUCCAUAUACCCGAUGAAAGAAUUAAAGCAAUUAAUAAUGUGGCAAUACCUAAAAGUACACAGAAUGUUAAGGCAUUUUUGGGUUUGGUUAAUUACUACGGUAAAUUUGUAGAAAAUAUGUCUACUAUCGCUGGUCCGUUAUAUGCAUUGUUGAAAAACAAUACACAAUUUGUUUGGAAUGCAAUUCAGAGUAAAGCAUUUUCUAAAAUUAAGGAAUCUAUUUUAUCUAAUAAGAUUUUGGUACAUUAUAACCCAAAUUUGGAAUUAAUUGUAGCUAGUGAUGCUAGUCCUUUUGGUGUGGGAGCUGUAUUAUCACAUAUAAUGCCAGAUGGGUCGGAGAAGCCUAUUGCUUUUGCAUCUAGGACGUUGAGUGCAUCUGAAAAGAAUUAUGCACAAAUUGACAAGGAAGCCCUUUCCUUAGUUUUUGCCAUUAAAUAUUUCCAUCAGUUUGUGUAUGGUAGGGAAUUUAUUUUGAGGACUGACCACAAGCCUUUAGUCAGUAUUUUUGGUGAAAAGAAAGGAAUUCCUCUUAUGUCAGCACAUAGACUACAGCGUUACGCUAUAUUUUUAUCCGGUUAUACUUAUAAAAUAGAAUUUAUUAAAGGUCUAGAAAAUGGUAAUGCUGAUGCUCUAUCAAGAUUGCCUUUAAGUGUAAUUGGUAGUAAUGAUAUAGAGUGUGAUAAUUUUUUCAUUAAUAUGGUAACUACUAAUAUUAAGUCUAUUGGAGAUUUAGAUAUUUGUAAUGAAAUAAAAAAAGAUGUGGUUCUGCGUGAUGUGUUUAUUAAAGUGUUUAUUGGGAAUUGGCCUGAUAACAGUAAGGAUGUUUCACUAGAUCUUAAACCAUUUUACAGUAGGAUACUGGAAUUGUCUAUCGAGCAGGGUUUCACAGUAAUUUCUAGUACUAAUAAUAAAGAUUGUAUUGAUACUAGUGUGUUGAAAUUUAUUUUGUCUUAUAAUAGCACUAAACACUGUUCUACUGGUUUUAGUCCUGCUCAACUGCAUAUCGGGCGUUCUUUAUUUACAUCUUAUGAUAGGUUGACACCUUUUGCUAAAGUUAAUUAUGAAAAAAGUUUGGAUAAAAAUAAAAAUUGGUAUAGAGGUAAUAAAAAUAAAGAGUAUAUUGUUGGGGAUUUAGUAAUGUGUAGGAAUUAUACUGGAGGGGAUGAGUGGGUACAAGCAGUUAUAUUACAGAAAUUAUCUCCUGUUACUUAUGACUUGAGAUUAGGUGAUGGUAGAAUUUGGAAGAGACAUGUGAAUCAGAUUAUAGAUUGUGGUUUAGUUGUUGAAAAAGAGGUGAGUACAGAUCAAAACAUUAAUUUGGAGCAAGAAGAAGUAAUUGAGGAAAAAUUGGAGGUAACUGAAGAGUUAGGGAAGGAUGUGUUCGAUUCUCAAAAGGAUAAUUGUGUUAGUACUGAAAGACCUAAGCGAGUUAAACGUUCACCUAAUAAACUGAAUUUGUAA